GAGCAGUGCCCAGUGGAGGCACCAGACGGCAGAGUCGACGGCACCAUGGCAGCCUCAGCCUCAGCCUCAGCCCCAGUCGCACCGGGCACCGGCCGAGGUGGCAGGGCCAGCGGGGCCCCCCAUGCCCCCCUGAGCACUGCCACCGGCCUGGUGCUGCUCCUCUCCCUCCUCUUGCUUCUCCCCAGCUCCCUCCAGGUGGGUCCGGGCACAGGGGGCGGGCGCUGGGGGCCGGGGGGCUGGGCACCUGCCCCCCUGCCCCAUCCACCCCUCUGGGUGCUGCAGGAGCCCUGGGGGUCACGGGGGCACGCGGCCCCCCGCCUGCCCCGCAUGACGCCGUUCUGGAGGAUGGUGGGCAGUAGACCCCUGGGCGCCCACUGCCGGCACAGCCUCGAGUGCGUCACCAGGGCCUGCAGGGCCGGGCGCUGUGCCCCACCACAGUAUGAGUGCUGACAGCCACCGGCAACCCCAGGAAAGUCCACCCUGCACUGGGACCACCGGAGACCAGGGUGCGCCAUGUGCUCACUGCUAAGGCAGGACUGCUUGGCAGCCGCAUGCCCCGCGGAGCUGGGCUGGGGAAGGACUGUGCCCCCGAGCUCCCCGGGGGCAACGCUGUGGCUCAGCUGCCCCAGAUGCUCUGUGCAGGCAAUAAACUUGCUGCCCCCUU